GCCGGGGCGUGCCGGGAGGCGGGCGGCCCGGGCGGACGGUGGCGCCCGCGACUUCCGUUUUCUCUCCGCCUUUGCUGGGGGGUAGAGCAGCGAUGAAGCUGGUGGCCCUGCGGGGGCUGGAGAAGCUGCUGGUCAUCGGCUCCUUCUUGGCACACAUCUACUGUGAAGAGGAGGUGUUUGGCAUUUCCGGAGAAAAUUUUACUUUUCCAGUAAAAUCAGACAAAAAAAUAAACGAAGCUAUUUGGACGAAAAACAAAGAUAAAGUGGCUGAAUGGGAAGGGCAAGGCGAACCAACGUAUUUUAAUUCUCUCCAGGAUAGAAGCUUGCUUAACAAGGAGAGUGGGAACUUGACUAUAUUUGGACUGGAGAACAGUGAUAAUGGAACAUACACUUUAGAACUUAUUUUUAAUGAUAGAAAAAGUGAUUUCUUAACCUUUAGACUCACUGUGUUAGCUCCCCCUUCUGAACCUCAGAUAGGUUGCAACUUGAGUGAUGACAACGUCAUGCUAACAUGUGCAGCAGAUUUCCAGAAGCCUCUGAAUUAUAGUUGGAAGAUCACUGGCAUAGCAACCACUUUCUGGGUCCAGGAUGUUGUGAUCCGUAAAGGGGAUGUUGAUACUGGGGGAAAAGCUGCAUGUUUCAUUGAAUACUUCGAAACGAAAAAGAGCUCCGAAAUCACUUUGAGUCAGUGUUUUCCAACUUAUCAAGGAUACGGAUAUCAAAAAAGAAGCAGACAUGGGCUUAUUGCUGCUUUACUUGUAUGUCCUGGCGUGGUUGGAACUGGGCUACUAAUAUACCUGUUCAAAAGAAAAAAAGCUAAAUCUGGAACAGGAGGAGCUGAUCAGAGGAAUACUCCAGAUGAGGAGGAAAUAAAAAAUGAAGUAAAUGGUGGUAGGCCUGGAAAUGAUAACAUAGCUGCAUCUAUGCGACCUCCUGACAUUGAGGACGAAGAGACAGAAGCAGCAUCUGGAAGGGGACAUGAGGACAUUGUGGAGCCAGCAAGUGUUGCCGAGGAUGUGGAAGAUGGAAAAUGCUAGCAUCUGAGCAGCUGUUCCCCCAUCAGUGAAUCAGAAUCUUACGCCAUAAGUAAUUGACUUGUGGACCAAACAAUGUUUUGACCUAAUGGGAGAGAAUUCAACAGGGAAAGAGCCACUAUCUUUUGAAGGUUUUCCAGAAAUACUGAAGUCAUCUGCAAAGAAAAGUUUUGAAGGCUAGUGGAGCUGAGGAGAAACUGCCUGGUUUUCUUUCCUCAUAAUGGAUAGCCUCCUUUUCUUCAUGCUGCAUGAAGAUAAACAGCUUGAGUCAUGAGCAGCAAUAUCUACUGUACAGUUCUGUAUCAGUUUUUAAUGAACAGCACUCUACUAACAAAAAAAAUGAACAGCCAAGGAUUUUUUUUUAUAACUGUUGUGUAGAACCAUCAAAGAGCCCAGGCUGGAAGAGACUUUGAAAGAUCAUCAAGAACAACCUUUUGAAGUUGGCAUUCUUUCAGAUACUAAAGAUUUAUCCACAUUCAAAUAUAUAGAUCAAAAACUAAUUAGCUUUCUGUGCAACUACUGGAUCAGUAUAUUUUACAGUCAGAAGAGAGAUGGUUCAUCCUUCAGAAGCUCCAGAUGGAUCGAAAUUUGAAUUUGCUAGUUUGGGUUCCCCAGCAGGAACUCAGUGAUCCAGACAAGUAUUCUUGAAGAAAAUUAUCUCAUGGAGUCAACGGAAGACUGGCAAGCUGUGAUCAUUUCCAGUGGUGGUUAUCUUUAAGAUAGAGCUACAACUCAAUUUAUUCUUGCAUUAGAACAAACCUGCCGCUGUUAGCACUGUUUUGUUUUUUUCGACCUUGAACUUUUGAUAUUCUUUGCACUUUCAGCUUUCUUUUAUGUCUUAACUACUGUUUCACAUUAUUCCAAUAGAAUGUCAGUCUAUCCAUUUCUAAAGAAUAGUAACAUGCUUUUGUCUCCAGCAUGAGCAAACUAAAA